UCGCCCUAGCUAAAUGCAUUCCAUACGAUAUAAAAAAUCUCCAAUUAUAUUACCAAGAAAUCAUAGAGCUACUAAGCUUCUUAUCAAACAUUAUCACGAAGAUAUGCACCAUGCUAACGGAGAAACGGUAGUAAAUGAAAUUCGCCAAAAAUACAGUAUCCCACGAUUAAGGGCGACAUUACGCAGCAUUACGAAAGAUAGUCAAUUUUGUAAAAUCCGCAAGGCAACCCCAUGUAUACCACGGAUGGCCCCAUUACCACCUGCUCGUUUGGCAGUCGGAUUUCGUCCUUUUACCCAUGUAGGGCUCGAUUAUUUUGGUCAUAUGACUGUGAAGGUCGGUAGAAGUGCAGUUAAACGUUGGGUGGCCUUAUUCACAUGCCUAACCAUACGCGCAGUGCAUUUGGAAGUUGCUCACAACUUGACAACCGAGAGUUGCAUAGCAUGUGUGCGACGAUUUAUAUGUCGUCGUGGAGCACCUUCCGUGAUAUACAGCGACAACGGAACCAAUUUUAAGGGUGCAAAGGCCAUACUAGAACAGCAACUUGCUCCGAUAAAUAGGGAAUUGAGCAUUAGCUUCACAAACACCGAUACACAGUGGAAUGGCAUACCCUCUGCUACACCGCACAUGGGUGGCGCAUGGGAGAGGAUGGUGCGAUCGGUAAAGGAAGCUAUGCGUAGUAUUGCUUGCGCAGAAAUGAAAAAUUUGAACGAUGAAGGCUUGCUUACCCUAGUAGGAGAGGCUAAAAAUAUAGUAAAUUCUAGACCCCUUACCUAUCUACCAUUGGAUUCAGAAGAAAGUGAAGCAUUGACCCCAAACCAUUUUUUACUUGGUAGUUCAAGUGGUUCUAAACCACUACUAGAUCACGACUGUACCUACCCUGUCAGGAUUAAAGGAAGCUGGGAGCUAAUUCAAACACAAACAAAUCAAUUUUGGCGUCGAUGGGUUAUUGAAUUUUUGCCUGUAAUAACACGCAGGACUAAAUGGUUUAACGAAACAAAACCCAUUGAAUUAGGAAACAUAGUAUUUAUUGUUGAUGAGAAGAGAAGAAAUAAAUGGCUUCGCGAGAAAGUCAUUGAAAUUCGGAAGGGUUGGGAUGGAAGAAUUCGUCAAGCUGUGGUGGAAACCCAUAUAAUGGGUACCCAUAUAACCAAGAUACCGAAAACGCCACCAAUUUCUUGUACUAAAAAUCCAGUUCCAUCAAACAAAGCUAAAAAACUAUCAGUUUGGUGGGUUAAGCCACAUGACCACAGAAGCAGCAACUUCAAUGUUGUGGAAAUCAGUUUUUUAUGCACGGGCAAUUUAUUUGCUCAACAUGUUUCACCUGUGUUAAAAUUUUAUUUAAUUGUGCAAAGGAAGCAAAAAAAAAGUGUGUGUUUAAGUUGGUUUGUUGUAAAACAUUCAUGUGUAAUAUGUGAAUAUGUGUGUUUGUUUACUUGCGAAUGAUAUCUUCCAUUUCGCUGGUCAGUGCAUAGUUUUUAGACUAAUAAUAUUGCUGAAGUUGAAGUGCAGUGAUGUAAGUUAAUGAAUUUAAUCAAUCGAGGAGUUAAAAUAUUGACCUUAGCCAACCCUUGACCAAACUUUUCCUCAAAGCAUUUUUGGAAAAGGUGGGUUAAGGGUGGGCAGGAUAAAUACAUCGGAUCGGAACUGGGAGCUACGAUUGUUCUAAAAUUUGGUGGGUUAACGACUGAAUCGACCACCACAAACCCACGUGGGUUUGAAGUGGUUUUACAGUGGGUUAAGGACGAUUUGGUUAU